GUAUUCGGUUCGACUCUAUUCAAUUUUCCCACCGUUAAUUUUUGUGCAAAACAUCCUCGAAUUAACAUCCAAAGAAAUGAUCGUAUUGAUCUUUAUCGUAUUACUGUCGACUUGUAAAGAGAGAAAUUAUGCUAUGGAUGUAUCCUCUCCAUCACCAAAAACUUCCAAACCUAUGGCAAUCAGAGGAACCAUGAACGAUAUCGUUUCCAAGAACAUCACUAUGGUUCUUGAGAACCUUCUGAUGAAUUAUGAGAACAAUCAACUGCCUACACAUGGAAAGGGUACACCAACGGUGGUGAAAACGAAUAUUUUAAUAAGAAGCAUGGGUCCUGUGUCAGAACUGGAUAUGGAUUAUUCGAUGGACUGUUAUUUCCGGCAGUCGUGGAGGGAUUCUCGUUUAAGUUUCCUAGGUCCGAUUAAAUCGCUCAGCUUAAGCAUCAAAAUGUUGGAAAGAAUUUGGAGGCCAGACACGUAUUUUUAUAAUGGGAAACAUAGCUACGUGCAUACCAUCACGGUUCCUAAUAAAUUAUUAAGAAUCUCACAGGACGGAGAUAUUCUUUAUUCCAUGAGACUUACUAUAAAAGCGAAAUGCCCGAUGGAACUUAGGAACUUCCCCAUGGACAGACAAUCUUGUCCUCUUAUACUUGGAAGCUAUGCAUAUACUUCAGGUCAAUUAGUGUACGAAUGGCAAGAAGGCUCUUCGGUAAAUUUUGUCCCUGGAAUGGCACUUUCCCAAUUCGACUUAAUGGGUUCACCUUAUAGAAACUUAACUUUUGUCAGACGCGAGGGUGAAUUCUCAGUCUUACAAGUUUCCUUUAAUUUACAACGACAUACUGGUUACUUUCUCAUUCAGGUUUACGUGCCCUGCGUUUUAAUAGUGGUACUAAGUUGGGUGUCAUUUUGGAUUCACCGUGAAGCUACCAGUGACAGAGUUGGUUUAGGUAUAACAACUGUCUUAACAUUGUCAACUAUCAGCCUGGAUUCUAGAACAGACUUGCCAAAGGUGAGAUAUGCCACAGCUUUGGAUUGGUUUUUGCUAAUGAGUUUUGGAUACUGCAUAGCCACUCUUCUGGAAUUUGCCGGUGUGCACUACUUUACAAAGGUUGGUAGUGGAGAAAUUCCUAUAGACGAAGAUGAACUGGAACACGAAAUCGAAACCGACUACCAAGACGGAUUCUGCAGCAUCGUAUCGUGCAGUCCUCAAACCGUACAUCCAGAAACGAUAAUAGACAUACCCCGAAGAAGAAGUUCUUUGAUAUGUGACGUUUACGGUAUUAAUGAAUCGGUAUCCUAUGGAAGAGGAUCGAUGACGGUUUCGGUCACUUCGAAACCGUCGACGAUGGAAAGACAAACACAAACGGAAGUGUGGAUACCAAAAUGGCGUCAGUUCCUUUAUUGCCUCGCAGGGGAUGAGGCAUACAGAAGACGCAGACAAAAGGAGGCAGCUGGAAAUUGCAAAAAGAACGGGGAAAAGAUUGCAAGGCAUAUAAAUAGUGUUUCUUAUAUCGAUAAAGUGGCGAGAAUAGUAUUUCCAGCCUCCUUUGGAUUUCUUAAUGUUUGUUAUUGGCUUGUUUAUGUUACUUACCAAGAAGAAUUUAAGUGGCAAGAUCCACCGCUUGGAUCCAUUUCCCAUUAA